CUUCGCCGGGGACCGGUUUUUGGAUCGCGCACCACGUUACAAGCCGCAGGGACGCGGUAGACUUGACGGGCUUCCGGGUCUCGUCCAGAGGUGGCGACGCUUUGCAGACGUCCUCGGGCACGAGGAGAAACUCUCCACUGGACCACUGCCUCAAGUUCUUCCUUCUUGCAGAGCGCUGUUCAUCCUGUGUAAGAUGGGUGUGAAGAAGAAAAGAGAAAUGCAGGUUGCUGCGCUGACUGUCUGUCAUCAGGACAUGGAAACUUUGAGAUCUUUUGCUGAUAUGGAAGGGAAAAAUCUAGCCUCUUUGCUGUUACAUUGUGUACAGCUCACAGAUGGAGUGUCACAAAUCCACUCUAUUAAACAGAUUGUGCCUCUCUUGGAGAAGGUCGAUAAAAACGGUGUGUGCGAUCCUGCUAUUCAGAGUUGUUUGGAUAUUCUAGCAGGCAUUUAUUUUUCCUUGACUCUGAAGAACCCCUUGAAGAAAGUUUUGGCCAGCUCACUCAAUGGCCUACCUGAGGUUUUUCUAACUCAGGCAACACACAGUUUUACUUUUCAUCUUCAAGAAGAAUUAGAUACUGCUGACUUAUAUUCUUAUAGAAAAGUAAUGGAUAACAUAUCUUCCUGCAUGGAGAACUUUAACCUGGGUAGAGCAAGUGUGGUUAAUCUGCUUAAAGAUGUGCUUCAUUUUCUGCAGAAGAGUUUAAUUGAAAUCCUGGAAGAAAACAGGAAGUUUGCUGGAAAUCGUAUUGUUCAAACACAGUUAAUGAGUGACUUGCUGGUAGGUGUUAGAGUUGCCAUGACAUUGGUACAGAAAGUACAGGGGCCCCAGGGCAGCCUCUGGAAUGACUCCAGCUCACCCAUCUGGCAGAGUAUGUGUGGCUUGCUGAGCAUCUUCACCAAGUUCUUAAAUGACGAUGACCUACUGCAGACUGUUGAGAGUACAUCUGGAUUAGCUGUUAUUCUUUUCAUUAAGACCAUGUUCCGGCCAUCUGAAAAGCUUCCUGGAUUGAUCAGCAGCUUGCUUCUCCGGUCUGCUGAGUGCACUAGCAUCCCUGAGUGGCUCAUGAAUAGCUGUAGGAGCCUUUGCUGUACUGAUGUGCCAGCCUCAACUCUCUUAUUCCUGUGUCAGGGAACACUUGCUAUGCUGGACUGGCAGGAUGGGAGCAUGGGCCCCAGCGGGGAGGCUUUGCUCUUGGAUAUAGUGCAUGUUUUGUUCACCUUGAGUUCACAGAUUAAGGAGUCCACAUUAGAUAUGUUCCUGUCUAGAAUCCUGGCAUCUUGGACCAGUUCAGCCAUACAGAUCCUUGAAUCAGGCUCCUCAGGCUUAAAGGGUCAUCUGAACGGGGACUCAUGCGUACCUAGGAGACUUCUGGAGUAUGUCUACACACACUGGGAGCACCCGUUAGACGCUCUGAGACAUCAAACCAAAGUCAUGUUCAGGAAUCUCUUGCAAAUGCACCGGCUCACUAUGGAAGGGGCAGAUUUGGCCACUGACCCCUUCUGUCUGGAGUUGACUAAGAGUCUUCUGCAGCUGGAAUGGCACAUUAAAGGGAAGUACGCUUGCCUUGGCUGUUUGGUGGAGACUCUUGGAAUUGAACAUAUUUUGGCAAUAGAUAAAACCAUUCCAUCUCAAAUUCUAGAGGUGAUGGGAGACCAGUCAUUGGUACCUUAUGCAAGUGACCUCUUGGAAACCAUGUUUAAAAAUCAUAAGAGCCAUUUGAAGUCCCAAACUGUCACCAAUACCUGGAUGGACAAGUGGCAUGAGACUUGGGUUUUCCCUGUCCUUUCUGUACUGUGUGGAGGAAACUUGGAUCAGAGAUCUUAUGUGAUUGAUUAUUACCUGCCACGGAUACUGAAUUACAGCCCCGAGAGCCUGCACUACAUGGUGCACAUUCUUCAGGCAUCUACUGAUACUGGAACUGGGUCUUGUAAUCACAGAGGAGCUCUGGGAGCUUUGAUGGCGUGUCUCCGAACAGCUAGAGCUCAUGGACAUCUUCAGUCUGCAACUCAGGCCUGGGAGAACCUUGUGUGCAGUGCAAGGGUAAAGCAAGGCUUAAUUCACCAACACUGCCAAGUGCGGAUAGAUACACUAGGCUUGCUUUGUGAAAGUAAUCGGAGUACAGAAGUGGUCUCUACAGAAGAAAUGCAGUGGGUUCAGUUUUUUAUCACUUACAACCUCAACAGCCAGUCUCCAGGGGUGCGCCAGCAGAUUUGCUCACUCCUUAAAAAGUUGUUUUGCAGGAUACAAGAAAGUUCACAGGUACUUUAUAAAUUGGAACAGAGAAAAUCUACACCUGACUCAGAGAACGGGUCCAUCAGAGAGCAGCCUUCUGUCACUUUACAGCAGUAUAAGAAUUUCAUGUCGUCUGUUUGCAACAUUCUCUUUGAAGCAUUGUUUCCUGGGUCUUCCUACUCGACUAGAUUUUCAGCUUUAACUAUCUUAGGAUCAGUAGCUGAAGUGUUUCCUGAUCCAGAAGGUAACAUCCAAACAGUGUAUCAGCUGAGUCAUGAUAUUGAUGCUGGCCGUUACCAAAUACUUAUGGAGUGUUUCACUAGUACUUUUGAAGAAGUGAAAACCUUAGCAUUUGAUCUUCUGAUGAAGCUGUCGUCAGUAACAGCUGGACAGUUCCAGGAUUCUGAGAAGCUGCAAGACCUGUUCCAGGCAGCGCUGGAACUCAGCACUAGCACCAAGCCUUAUGAUUGUGUGACAGCCUCCUACCUGCUGAACUUGCUGAUACGGCAGGAUGCUCUGCCAGCCGUCCUGUCUGCCUCUUCCCCACAGCAGCUCACACGUGGAGCAGGAGAGACGUCUGCUGUGCUGGAAAGGAACACAUUAGUGGUUAUUAAAUGCUUGAUGGAAAACCUUGAGGAUGAAAUAUCUCAAGCUGAGAACUCUCUGCUUCAGGCUGCGUCUUCAUUUCCAAUGUAUGGGAGAGUCCACUGUAUAACAAGAGCUUUUCAGAGGUUGCCUCUAAAUGACCUGCGGCUGGCGAGCGAGUGGAGGCCGCUGCUGGGGAGGCUUCUGCUGCUGUCCUACAGGCUUUCCACUGUGGUGGCCCCUGUCAUCCAGAGCUCCUCUCCUGAAGGCCUCAUCCCUGUGGACACUGACUCAGCGUCAGCAAGCCGCUUGCAGCUCAUUCUCAAUGAGAUCCAGCCACGGGAUACUAACGAUUACUUCAACCACACCAAAAUACUGAAAGAAUGUGAUAGCUUUGAUUUGGAGGACUUGAGUACCAGUGUCUCAAAUAUUGAUAGUUCUGCAGAAGUUAAAGGUAAAGAAGAAAAAGCGUGUGACGUAACUGCUCAGAUGGUCCUCGCGUGCUGCUGGAGGAGCAUGAAGGAAGUGGCUUUGCUUCUCGGCACGCUCUGCCAGCUUCUCCCUGUGCAGCCUGGGCCAGAAUCUUCUAAUGUGUUCCUAACAGUGCAGCAGGUUAAAGAAAUAGGAGAUUACUUUAAACAACACCUUUUGCAGUCCAGACACAGAGGAGCAUUUGAACUGGCUUAUACUGGUUUUGUGAAACUCACUGAAAUAUUGAACAGGUGCUCUAAUGUGAGUCUGCAAAAGCUGCCAGAGCAGUGGCUGCGGAGCGUUCUGGAGGAAAUUAAAGGCAGUGAUCCCUCAUCCAAACUUUGUGCUACAAGGCGCAGUGCUGGGAUUCCCUUCUACAUACAGGCAUUGUUGGCAUCUGAACCAAAGAAGAGUAGAAUGGACUUGCUGAAAAUAACAAUGAGGGAGCUGAUCUCCUUGGCUUUGUCUGCAGAUGACUCAAAGGGCAGAGUCCCUCAGGUUCAUGCUUUAAACAUUCUCCGAGCCUUGUUCAGAGACACCCGUCUGGGAGAAAACAUUAUCCCCUAUGUUGCUGGUGGAGCUAAGGCUGCAAUUCUGGGCUUUACAUCCCCUGUCUGGGCAGUGAGAAAUUCAUCCACACUUCUCUUUAGUUCCUUGAUCACAAGAGUUUUUGGCGUUAAGAGAGGAAAGGAUGAAGUUUCCAAAACAAAUAGAAUGACAGGAAGAGAGUUUUUCUCUCGUUUCCCAGAACUGUACCCAUUUCUUCUCAAACAGUUGGAAACUGUGGCCAGUACAGUAGACAGUGAACUGGGAGAGCCUGAUCGCCACCCUGGCAUGUUCCUCUUACUCCUGGUGUUGGAGAGACUGUACCCAUCGCCGAUGGACGGCACAUCAUCUGCGCUCAGCUUGGCCCCUUUUGUUCCUUUCAUUAUCAGGUGUGGUCGCUCACCUAUUUACCGCUCCCGGGAAAUGGCAGCUCGUGCGUUGGUCCCCUUCAUUAUGAUAGACCAAAUACCGAGUACCCUCUGUGCUCUACUGAACUCACUCCCCAACAGCACUGACCAGUGUUUCCGACAAAACCACAUUCAUGGGACACUUCUGCAACUAUAUACCUCUCAAAUAUUACUUCUUGCACCUCAAGUAUGAACAUACACUGAUUUGGCAGAUUAUCCUGUGCACUAAACUCUGCAACAUGCUUUUUCAUCAAGUAUUCCUAUAGAACAUUCUGGUCAUUCCGUACCCAACGUUGUGACAGUUUGAAUGAGAAAUGUUACCCAGAGUCUCAGGUAUUCAAAUGCCUGCUCCUCAGUUGGUGGCACUGUUUGGGAAGGUUGACUCACACCAUUUCCAGUUUACCCUCUCUGCUUCCCACUUGUGGUUCAAGAUAUAAAUCGUCAACGUCUGUUCCUGCCUUCUGAUGCCUUCAUUUUGCCAUCAAGGACUCUUAACUCUCUGGAACCAUCAGCUCACAUAAACUCUUCUAGUCAUUGCCUUGGUCAUAGUAUUUUAUCAAAGCAAUAGAAAACCAAGCCUUCAGGCUGGCUUUUGUUUUAACUAAAUACGGGAUUUUAUUGUUCUUUUUACUUAAGAAUAAGAAUGAGAACUAAUUGGAACUGUCCUAUUAAAAAAGACCCAGUAACCUGGUAAUGGGUAGUGUUGGUAAGAUCCGCUGAUCACAUGGCUGUGGGGAUAUUCACCUUGGAUGGAUGGGAACGGAUUUAGAUUCCAUAUCAUGCUGCUUGAUUAGAAGCAGAAUGAGAGUUGGCCCUGAGCUCCCAGGACAUACUGUAAACCUGAAGUCUACACUACUGCCAUGGGGGACUGUGUGAAAUGGUUCACAGUGUGCAAUUCCAGAGAUGGACUGCCUGGUUCUGUAUCAGAUAUGCACCCUGACCCAUGAUAUAAACAAACAUAUGCCCGAAGGUGAAACGUAAGGUAGAUCUGUGGUUUCGUCUUCAUGGCUUGGUUGUUUAUAUAUUCAGUAAAGAUUUAUUGAAUACCUACUAUAUGCUAUUGUGUCAUCGUCAGAACAGUAAGUCUGACAACAUCAAGACCAGAAAGUAGACAGUCCCAAUGGAGCGUGCUAGGUGACGGGUGACACAUGGCAGGGCCAUCAGUUUAAAGUGGAGAAAUCAGGGCCAGCACCACAGGGCAGGUAGCAGUUAACAGAGGCUGACAGUAGUUAAUCAGGCAUGGGGAAGGAGUUUCUUAGGCAGAGAACAUGGUAGUAUAAGGUGGAGGGGAAGGUGCCAGCCUGGGAACAGGAAGUUGUGGGUCAGACCAAAGUGCCACCUCAGUGGUUCUCAGCACUUUACCCACUUGAAAUUAAUGAGGGUACCGAGCAGGCUUUACCUUUCAGUAUUUACUUAGACAGUAGAAAUGAGAGAAUAUCAAGACAUAAGAACCCAAAGCCAUACUCCUUUAUCACCGGGGAAGACAUUCUCACAAUCCUUAAACGCAAUAAGCUUAACUGCACAUGAUGAAGGAAAAGUAAAGGAAGCCACCAUCUUAGCAUCAUUUUAAAGUAGCUUGAUCCCAUGGGGCUCCUAAAAAGACACACACCCACCCGCCGCCGGCUCUCAGUUCAGAACUGAGUGGGCCUCAGAUCCUUUGUGCUUUACAGCUUUCUGUAAUUGCUUUUGUUGGGAGGCGAGAAGUGUUGGAGUUCAGAGAUGUACUCCCAGGCACCUAGGUGGCCGUCAGAGGGCAGCCCCAGAGGUCAGUCCUCACCUUCUUCCUUGUUUGAGAGGCUCUCUGCUCUGUACACCAGGGUGCUGGCCUGCAAGCUUUCAGGGGUUCUUCCCUUCGGGUUGUACCUCCGGAUUUUUACCUUUGGACUGGGUAUUCAUUUUAGGUCCUCAUCUUGUAUGGCAAGUAUUUUACCCACAGUACCAUAUCUCCCAUCUCAUGUGGUUCUUAUUAUAAAGCCUUAAGCAUUUAGAGCCUUUGGGUCCUCUCUUCAUUCCUAUGUUAAAGAGAAGAAGCACAGGUUAUCCUAGCCUUGGAAACAGGCCAUAAAGGCCCAAAGAUCAUCAUUGGUUUAAAUAAAACAAGUUAGGUUUCUUUCUGUCGGUCUAUCUGCCUUUCUUUCUUGCUUUCUUUUUUUCAUUUUGUUUCUUUUCUUUCUUUUUCUUUUUCUUCCUUCCUUCCUUCCUUGCUUUCUUGCUUUCUUUUUUGUAACAAAAAACAAUCUCAUAGCAUUUAUUGUCUCCUGAUAAUAACACAAGGACUUCUAAAAAAUAUUAAUAAAUCUUUCAGACUGUGCUAGCAGAAAACACCUUUAAAACCACUGUACUGCUUUCUCAAUUUCUCCCAUGCUUGACCAUUUCUAGUUGGAAACACUUUCUUCUAUAUCAUUUAGUACAAGGUUCAUGUACUCGUCAAAGCCAGUAGCACAACCCUCUGUCAGCACACUGACUUGCGCACAGAGCCACACCUGAAUCAAAGACCUAUUUUGCAACUUUCUGAAGAUCAGGUUGAUGGGGCCGUACUGCCACCUUCUGUACCUCAUGGCCCUGGUCAAGAUACACUGGUGGGAGUCACAGGGACCACCACAAGAGUAGAAAGGUUGCCUCAGAAAUCCCAAGUCAGAGCUGUUGGCCCCCAACUCUGCUGCUGUUUCAAAGGAAACAGACUAGUGACAAGGAAAAGAGCAAAACUGAGUCUUGAAAAUGUACACUGUGGGAGUUAGAGUGCCCACAACAUGAAAGGUUACAGCCAUGCUGCUGGCUGGGUUCUUUCAGCAGUGUAGGUAAGUGGGGCCAUUCCUUCCUUUCUCCGCUUGUGCUGGUGGGCCGCUUAGGUGCCUCCUCCAUGGCGGGCCCUGGCUGUUGCACCAAAGUGCAAGAAAGGCUUACUGGGGGAGGGAGUCACAGUGUGGGGGCUGGGUGUUCACUGUGUGGUUGGACAGACCUUGUAGUUCCUAAGGCUACUUCACCUGGUGGGAAAGGAGUCAAAGGUGCUCGGGUCCUUGGGUCUGCAGUGCUGUCAGUGAGCAUCUAAAGGGUGGAGACAGGCAGGGAGGAGUCUUCCUUGGUAGAUUCUUUACAGAGAGCUGCCUUUGAAGCCAGCAAAUACUUGCCUUUGGAAAAGAGAUGCUAAGAGCCUGAAAGGAGUGAUACUCUCCACGGGACCUUCAGAGCCAGCUAAGUAAACACAAAACUCUUCGGUUUUCGAGAGCAGGAAAUCAUUUUGUAAUCAGAAAACAAAUUCUUUCAGAGAAUAUUUUCUUGAAUUAUACAUUGACUUCUUUGAAGAUGUUUACAUAAACAUAUCACACCCCAGAGUGUUUCUUCAGUAUACCUUAAAGACAAAAAUGUGCUGACCCUUGAGUUUCUGGCUCUGGGAAAGAUUCAAAUUAUAGGGUGUGCAUAACUGGGACUUGUGAGUUCCUUUCCUGAUCAUCCAGAGCCAGAGGCUCAGCGUGACAGUGCUGAGGUGGGUGGAAGUGAUGCAUGCUGGGAAGGUGAGAUAUAGUUCAGCAGGUUCUGAAGAGCCCAAGGUAACCACAGGAAGUCUCAGUGGAGGCAGCAGAGCCAUGGAGCUUACAGUGAUCACUCAGAGCAACACUGGCAGGUCCACCCCUCUGUGAAGUAGAGUGAACUGUUUUACUGCCACAGCUCUUCAUGUUAGGAACUUAAUGUUAUUACUAGGUCACUUGCCCCUCCUAAGAGCUGGCAGUGCCAUUCAGAAAGUUCUCUUGUUGAGACCAAGUUUGGCCAACAACUCCAAGGAAAGCUUUGUUCUGAUUCUUACGUAUUUAACUAACAUUUUGAUAUUUCAUAAAGAAGUGUACAGCAUCUGAGGGGAGAGUUUGAAUUUUGGGUUUGUUCAUCCACCACGUCUUUUACUCAAGUUUCUGAUGGUAUAAUAUCAAAUAUAAAAGGUAAAAGAAAGCUUGUUCAUAAAGCUCGCAGUUAGAUGGAGCUUGUUGGGCGUGAGAAAACCAUUUGUGUAUUUAUUUGAAUGGUCUAGACAAGUUUUGUCUUCAAUCUAAACAAUCACUCUGGUGCCACCGCACCUCGGUGUGAGAGACAAGCAAGCUGCGCUUCCCUAGUAAUUGACAUCAACUUUGCUUUUCUGUUCAGUUCUUUUUUUCUCCCCGAUUUGGAGACUUGAUUUCUCCAUCUUGAGAAUUCUGAGUUCUAAGAGAAAGGGAAAGAGAGAGAGAUGUCUUUCCUAUCCAUGGAGCUCAGAGGCGGGGCUGCCUGCUUGUACAGUACAGUGUAUUAACCAUACAUAGAUGACUUUGGAUGGCCUAGGACGUCAGCCUAGUUUACCAUGGAAGUAAAGGUAACCUUUGAUUUUAUUCAUGCUCAAGCAUUCAAGCCUGCAAAGUAGCAAGACUAGAGCCCUUCAGUCAUCCACUCCCUUCCCAGUCAAAGGGAGAGGUGUACUUCACUCUAAAGCCCAUGGCUCUUUUUAUAAUGUGCUUCCUCCCUGCAGUUGACAAGAGUAACAGCUUUCAUGACUAGGGUAGUUAAGCCAAGAGUCCAUCUCUUUUCUUAUGUUACCUGUUACUGGUUGAUUGGUCUCCUUACAUUGAGCGUGUUGUAAUUGGUCAACAUUGGAACAGAGUCCGCCAGCGUUAGAGAUUGUGUGGAUCGUUACUAAAGGUCAGGGACUAACAUGGAAAAGACUCAUCGGACCUUCCCUGCCUCCACUCCUCUCUCUCCCCCUUCUCUUUGUUUUUCUGCAUAAGUCUCCUUGCUGGAACACCAGGGUUUUCUCCAACUGCUCAGUCACAGUGCUCACACCCUCUCUUCCUGAGCCUUGGACUUGAGCAGUUCUGGAUCUAGGAAGUGGUGAGGCUGCAAGGACAUGGUGACGACUGAGUUUAACUCAGCAAACACAGUGUGCCUGCCCUGCUCUAGAGGUGCUGGAAGUCAGGGGAGUAGUUUGCCCCGUGGGGUUUUUUCUCCCAAUGUUGAGGGGCUGGGGUUUGAGGUCCAAAGCACACUAAGCUCUCUGUGGGCAGGGGCAGCGGGGUGAGUAAAGCUGGGGUGAAAAACAGACAGCCAGAUGACUGUGGACUUGAAAGAAGAAAAAAAUGAGGUGGUCUCUGCUUGAGUCAGGAUCUCGCAAAGAUGGGAGCAGCGGAGUGGGACUGGGUCAUCAAGAACAGCUUGAGAACUGAAGGCACAGGGUGAUCGCGAAUGGCUCUCUAGAAAAGGAAAGCAGAAACCUAGGGAGCAGUAAAGGUGAACCAGUUUGCCUAAGUGUGUAACGCAGCUGCUGGUCAGGGGCUGGGACCAGACACCAUCCUUCAUUGCUUUCCCUAGACCCCGGCAAUAGAAGGAAGGAAAAAGUCCAGGAGACAGACAGCUUUGCCCGAGUACUUACAAUUAAAUAUAAUUUAAGAGUUAUUUCCAUCUUUUAAAAGCAUGCGCAUUGUAGUCAUUCUUUGCUUUAAGAAUUUUAAUAUAUUUUCUUAUUUCCAUAUUUCUCAACAGUACAAAAUUGUGAAAUAUAAAAUGUUCAAGUUGUCCAGAAAUGGCACAGUACUUGACAGGUCCUGUUUGAUGAUCUGUGUUCGUUGUUGAUGAUUUUAUGCUCAGAAAGUACAAUUUCAGACGGAAAAACAAAAGCCUGAAGUGAUGGUGACUUCAAAGCUGAGUGGAUUACUUGUCUGUGUGGUUUGUUUCCAGACCGACUCAGACAUUACUGGAAACACUCUUAUUUGUGACUGGUAGUCAGGUUUGCUCUUCCCUCUUGUGGACCUGUGGUCCCUGGAAAGGAGAAUCUGCAUCUGACAAAGUUGCUCCCCAGUCUGGGAAGGGCUGUGGCCAAGUUUCUCCCAUGGUGUGAUUGUAAUGUGUCAACAUCUCUGCAGAGCCUGCAGUUCUCAGACAGCAGGAGUAUGGCAGGGAGAGCUGGAGACUGCGGGCAGGCACCAAGCUGGGAGGAGAGGCAUCUCUGUUAACGCAGGGGCAGCAGAGCAGUGACUUACUAUUGCCUUGAUAUGAACAGCACUGGGGGGGGGGGGGGGGGGCACUGGGCUCUUCUUAAAAGUUAAAGAAAGACCUAGACCUUGUUAAAAUGUACGUUGGCAAUAUAUAUUCACUUUUAAUUAAAAUCCUACUUCCAGGGAUAAAUUAAUCCUUUCCUUAUAAACAUUCAAAAGCUUUUGUUUGGUGUGUGUUACUUAGAGAACCUCUCCAAGUGUUGGCUCCAGAGCACAGGCUGCCAUACAUGAUUACUGUUGCCCAGCAUGCCCUCCCAUGGCUUUGCAGUGUUCUGAAAGAAGGCUGGCUAAGUCAGGGCUAUGUUGAACUUACAGAAGAGUCACUUCAUGUUUCUCCAGGGGUGAGAAUGGGGCCAGGAAUGGUGAAAAGUAAGGAGUAGGCCUCUAUUCCCCCUGGCUGCUGAGUAGGAUACAGCUAUUGAAUGACCUACCAAUUAUUGUGUAACUACAGAGGUCCUUCUGGAAGGUUAUGUUAUUCCUGGCCUACUGAUAAGAAGAAAAAAAAUGAGACUGAGAGAGUUUGAGAUAUUCCUAAAGUUAUACAAAUUAUAAAUGGUGGCAAAUAGAUCAGGGUUUUACUUCUAGGCUCAUGUGAAGCUUUUGAGCUGUGCUCUUAACUUACAGUCUGAGACUGUAUGUACUAUGCUGUAUACACUGUACUCCAGUGUGUGAGUGUGUGUGUGUGUGUGUGUGUGUGUGUGUGUGUUUGCCACUGUUAUACUGUACUAUAGAAUACUACUUCUGUGAAUGAGGAAAAGAAAGUUCUCAGAAAAACCAGUCACUGUGGGGACUUCAGGGUCCCACUAGGGAAACUGGCAUUGUUGGGUUAUUCAAGCACUAUUGAUUAGUGCCAGCUUUGUGUUAAGUUGACACAUCAAAGAAAAGAGAGAUCCUUGCUCAGGAGCAUUAACUCUCGGGGAUGGGGGUGUAGCUGAGUUGGCAGAGUGCUUUCCUAGCAUGCUCAGAGCACUGAAUAUCUCAGCACAUGGAAGCUAGAGACAGGAGGAUAAGUUCAGGGUCAUCUUAGCUACAUAGUGAGUUCAAAGCUAACGUGGGCUACAUGUGACCCUGUCUCAAAAUCCAACAAAAACAAAAAGAUCAGCUUUCAUGGAGCUAAUAUUCUUAUAGCAGGGCAGUAGUGGGGGAAGUAAAAUAAUAGAUAAUAGCAUACUACUAUAACUUACAGUCCAUAAUGUAGGUGAAUUAUGUAUGUUCUUGGAAGCUACUAAUUGCUUUGGCCCUAAAGAUCAGACAGAAUAGAGGAGUCAGAGUAAUGGGAGCAAAUAGUGAAGGGUCAGAAUAGUCACUGUUGGAGGGAUAGUGUUUGAAACUGGAGGGGGUCUAGAAAGUGAAUAUGUUUUCUUCUCAAAUUGCACGGGUCACAUAGGUUUGUAAGCAGGUAUGCCAGAUAUGUGUCAGAAACUAUCUUUUCCAUAGACAAGGACCAACAAAGUGGACUUAAUGGAUGAACAAGACUAGAAAGGACGCCCUAUUUUAGAAGCACCUAAAAUGAAUUCCCUCUGGGAUCAGAGUCAGGCUUGUCUCGGAUCCGGAAAAGAACAGUGACUGUUGUACCACUUCCUCUGUCCUCCUGCGAGGCCUUUCACGUGCUGCCUGUACCUGGGCUUGUGAGGUAGAUGGAGAGUGAAGUGGGGAAUAGCUCUGCUUUUACUUAGUGAAUUUUUAUUGAGUAGUUUUUAAGUAUAAACCGUUGUGCUAGGUACCAUGGAAAAUACAAAGAAAAGUUUAUUUAUAACAUGGCCCCCACCCUCAAGAAGCUGUGAUCUUCCCUGAAAAAGAAGCUGUCAACUUUGCAAGCUACACAGCAGAAGUUAUGUGGCAGCAUAUGAUAUGUGCCAAAGGAAUGCCAUAGUCACCAUCUGAGGUGAGGCGGGAUGGGUUGGAGUGAGGGCGAAGACGUCAGAAACUUUGGGGCUUAGGGUAAACCAGCGUAAGACACCAUUUGCAUGGGGACCAUGUGCUUGGCCUCGAGGAGAUGAAGAUAGGAGGGAAGGUAUUUGUCAGCAUGUGAAACACUAAAAAUGAUACAAGCCUUUGAGCUUAAAAAAAAAAAAAAAAAAAAGCUGUUUUAAGCCAGGUGUGGUGGUGCACGCCUUUAAUCCCAGCACUUGGGAGGCAGAGGCAGGCGAUUUCUGAGUUCGAGGCCAGCCUGGUCUACAGAGUGAGUUCCAGGACAGCCAGGGCUACACAGAGAAACCCUGUCUCGAAAAACCAAAGAGAGAGAGAGAGAGAGAGAGAGAGAGAGAGCGAGAGAGCGCUGUUUUAGGAAAAUUAAUGUACAUUGAAACAACAGUAGAUCAUGUGAUGCUUCCUACUAGCCUGCUGAGAGUGCACCUGAGAGUGUGUCAGUUCUGAGAGUGCACCUGAGAGUGAGUCAGUUGUGAGAGUGCACCUGAGAGUGUGUCAGUUCUGAGAGUGCACCUGAGAGUGUGUCAGUUGUGAGAGUGCACCUGAGAGUGUGUCAGUUCUGAGAGUGCACCUGAGAGUGUGUCAGUUGUGAGAGUGCACCUGAGAGUGAGUCAGUUGUGAGAGUGCACCUGAGAGUGUGUCAGUUCUGAGAGUGCACCUGAGAGUGUGUCAGUUGUGAGAGUGCACCUGAGAGUGUGUCAGUUCUGAGAGUGCACCUGAGAGUGUGUCAGUUCUGAGAGUGCACCUGAGAGUGUGUCAGUUCUGAGAGUGCACCUGAGAGUGUGUCAGUUCUGAGAGUGCACCUGAGAGUGUGUCAGUUCUGAGAGUGCACCUGAGAGUGUGUCAGUUGUGAGAGUGCACCUGAGAGUGAGUCAGUUGUGAGAGUGCACCUGAGAGUGUGUCAGUUGUGAGAGUGCACCUGAGAGUGUGUCAGUUCUGAGAGUGCACCUGAGAGUGAGUCAGUUGUGAGAGUGCACCUGAGAGUGUGUCAGUUCUGAGAGUGCACCUGAGAGUGUGUCAGUUGUGAGAGUGCACCUGAGAGUGAGUCAGUUGUGAGAGUGCAUCUGAGAGUGUGUCAGUUGUGAGAGUGCACCUGAGAGUGAGUCAGUUGUGAGAGUGCACCUGAGAGUGUGUCAGUUGUGAGAGUGCACCUGAGAGUGAGUCAGUUCUGAGAGUGCACCUGAGAGUGAGUCAGUUCUGAGAGUGCACCUGAGAGUGUGUCAGUUCUGAGAGUGCACCUGAGAGUGAGUCAGUUGUGAGAGUGCACCUGAGAGUGAGUCAGUUGUGAGAGUGCACCUGAGAGUGUGUCAGUUGUGAGAGUGCACCUGAGAGUGAGUCAGUUGUGAGUUGCUGCUACACAGAGUGCACCUGAGAGUGUGUCAGUGGUGAGAGUGCACCUGAGAGAGUGUCAGUUGUGAGUUGGUGCUACACAGAGGGUCCUUUAGUCAGCCCCGCCCUCACAGGAGCCAGGGUCCCUCCCGAAGGUUCCCCAGGAGAGAUCCUGCCUAUCAGCUCCCUAUCCUGCGCACCUGGUUUGUUUGGAAUUACAUCCUUUCCCUCAGACUCCAUCAGAAACUCAAUGAAUCUAGAAGAGAACACUGUUACACUGUCUCACACAAAGAACUCUUUGACCAUUCCAAGGGGAGAGUUUGAAGUUCAUAAAGUGAAAGGAGACACAGGAUCCACCCAGAUAGAAUAAUCUCUUACUUUUGCAAGGUCAUUUUUCAUCUCCAUCUUGCCAGCUCCUCCCAGUCCUUCCAUUGUUAUUGUUUUGAGACAUUUCAUUACUCAAGAUAAUUCUGAGUAUACUUCAGAAAUCUAUCAGAACAAAGGAGCACACUGUCUACAGUCUGGAGCUGUCGUUUCCUAGUAUUCUUAUCAAGUAGCUCGUAAUAUAUGGGCCCAUUAUUUGAUGGACAUUUGGGGGUGUUUCCUAUCCAAUAAAAAUAUUAUUUAUUGCCUGUUUUUAGAAGAUACCACUCUAACAGACAAAGGUAAGAGCUCACUGUUCUUGCUGGUGCGGUACUUGGGGAUUACACAGUGUGUCUACUUGCUCUAUAGACCUGGGAUUCAGUUAGGAUGCCAGUUUGUUUGAGUUACUAAGUAAUUGAUUGGCUUUUGAAAAGCACUGUGGUCGUGAAUGCCAAGAUAAUUUGGCAGUCACCUUAGAGCAGUGCUUCUCAGCCUUCCUAAUGCUGCAUCACUUUAAUACAGUUCUUCAUGUGAUGGUGACCCCCAAACAUAAAAGUAUUUCCUUCCUACUUCAUAACUGUAAUUUUGCUACUGUGAUGAAUUGUAAUGUAAAUAUCAGAUAUGCAGGCUAUCUGAUCCGUGAGCCAUAAAGAGCUCUGCCCUGGAGGCUUGCAGUAAAGUGAGCUCAGGGACCCAAAGAAAGAUGCGAGGGGACGCAGACCAUCCUGAUCUAAAGCACGUGGCGGUCGGAACCCUCUUCGUUACUGCACUACUGCUGUGUUUAUCCCCUUCACCUGAUCGUCUGCCUUUUGUUAUAAACCUUUGUUCCAUGGUACCUGUGGGUUCCCUCCAUUAUUCUGUGGGACAAGAUAGGGUACAGCUCUCUUAAGUACUCAUGCUCAUGGAAACUCCACUCCUGACCUAGGGACAGUCUGUGGCUCAGCAGCCUACAUGAACUCUGUAAAGGCAAUGAGAGAAAAUUUAGGACUGGAAAUCCCAGUGGAAACUGCAGAUUUCGCUCCUUGCCUCACUCCUCAAGCUCCUCCUAUCCACACAUACAAAGGUGCUGUGAGCAUCCAAGCCAGUUCCUUUUAAAGUUUUAAACUUAACUUCCUGUCCUGUCCCAACCUGCCUGUGAUCCACUUGAACCAUGUUUUCUUGAAACUGAAGUUUGCCCUCCCCAGACUCAGGAGCUCAGUACUUUUCUAAAUCCAGAGAAAGCUUUGGAAAAAGAACAAAUAGUUAGAAUUUUCUCACUUCCUGUGCUUGAAGCCUGGAUGCACUGCUGGGUCUGAGUAACAUCUGUCUCACUGCACCUCUCCGGGGAUGCAGGUGGGAACCAUGUGGGUACAUCUCUUGAACACCUACCUAGUAUGUUUGUACAUAUAAGCUACAGUCCUCUAACACUGCAUAUGAUGGGAGGUGUGCUACAUACACAUAGUAUAAUUGAGCUUUUAUUUUGGAUCAACUCAUGUUUUGGAAAACUUCAUGUAAAUGAGGUUAUAAUUGACAACUUCCAUGUGCUGUCUGACGGCCUAAACCCCACUAUUCAAGCCUCUAAAGACUUGGUUGGUGUAGGGAAUGAGAAGCGUUUUACAUGCAAGUCUGUGCUCAUUUAUGGCAGACAGUCUUCUCUUUCUUGUACAAGAGUUUCUGCUACACAAUAUCAAUAUCAGUUCCUGGUUAAUAAUUGAUUGCUUUCAAUACUGUUCUUAGACUGGAAAGCAGUAUUCAUUGGUUAGUUUAUUUGAGAAAAACAUUAAGUCAUCAAUGGUUUAGGCCUCGAUUCUUAAAAAAUCUCUUUUGAAUAAGGGUUUUUAAAUGUUUUAACGUCUCCUAGCCCACCACCCAGCAGAGGUGGUGGUAAGGAAAGGUUAACAGAGCAAAGGGGGCUGUGGUCCUGCUCAGAAAUAGUUCUUUGCAGCAUAUCCAGUCUGUUUUUUAUCAGGAUAUUAGCAGUACAGUUUACACGAAUCAGCAGCAGCAACAGCAGCUCGAUCCACUUGGAAACACCAUUGUUGAAUCAGUAACAAGCGGACUCGGAAACAUCCUUUAUGAAUCAGCAAUUGCAGGUUGAUCUAGAAGAAACUGCAAGACUCUGCCAACUGGCCCAAAUCCGCAGAAGCAGCAAGAAGCUGCCAGAACACCACCACCACAAGUUUUUUGGUGCUUUUUUCCUCUAUAGAGUCAUGACAGAUGGUGACUAACAAAGAAUGGUAAGGUAUACCGAUGCCACCCAGCAUCAUCAGUGAAGAUCAGCACCAGCAAAGCCCAAUGCUGACCAGCAAAGAAUGCAAGGGGGACCAAUGCCAUCCAGUGUUGUCCACUGCCCAUUGGGCUAUAUUUAUAUAUUUUUUAACAUCAUGUGUUCUCUCAAGUAUCUGCUUUAGUAAAACAUCACUUGCCCUUUUUCUAGGUUGCCUCCAGAAAAAAAAGUCUGUCCUCAGCAAAAUAUCUUCCCACAUGUCUUCUUCAGCAAAAGUAUCUUCUCAUAAGACAGUUUCUAGAAAAAUAUCACAUGACACAACUUCGUCUCCCAAGAAACCAGAAAUUUUCACCUCACAUCAGGUCUGAUUUUCAGAGGUUUAGAGAACAGAGAUACAUGGUAGUAAUUUAUAUUAAAAUUUAUGAUUGAAUAUAUAAACUCUGCAUGGGUAUGCACUGGCACAUGCACAUUUUAGCACCAGUAAUUAAGCUUCUAAGGAAAUGUGGAGUGAAUUAGAGCUAUACGGUAACCCACAAAGUGGCAAUUUCUGAACAAUUCAAUAGCAGCCUCUUCCACCUCCCUCUUCUGCCCUGUGCCUCUCUCCCAGGACUUCCAUGCCUCCCUCCGCACAGGAACACUGGACUUUUUGCAGAAAGGUCUUCACAAUUGUCAAGUUGCCUAUUAUGAAUCAGAGUUUAAUACAUUUUUGUUACUCUUCCGUGUCCUCCCUUCCUCUGUUUUUUGUUUCCUGGAUUUGUACUCCUUUUCCCAAAGGGAAUGAACACAAGGUGACUAGACAUGCAUUCUUCCUCCCAGCUGUUUGUCCACUUCAGAAGUUAAAUCUUAGGUGUCAGUUGCUUAGUCACAGUGAGUCUGGUCAUUUUUAAAAUUCAUAAAUUCUUAGAGGUACUUGUUUGCUGUGAUUUUGCAGUCCACUUGAAACAGUUUACAGAGCCUUACUUCUCAAGGUUUGGUGGGGAACCACAGCCCUGGGCAUCACAGGAACUGUUAGAAGUAUAGGGCCCCUGGGCUGCUCUUAAUUCUUUUAAACCUACAUUUCCACAAGAUUUCCAGAACACACUUGUUUGCAGUGUCAGAUGUACUUGUCCAAAGCUGGGGAUGUGACUGACUUUGUAGAGCUUGCCUAGAAUGUUCAAGGCCCGAAUUUGAUCCCUAGUACCAUGUAAAUCAGAAAUGGCAGUACACACGUAGUGCUGAUAAUCCAGCGUUAGGGAAACGGAGGUAUGAAGAUCAGAAAUUCAAGAUUGUUCUCAGCUACAUAGUGAGUUCAGGGUCGCCUGGGCAGCAAUCUGUCUUUAAAAAUAACUAGGUACUAAUGCACAUAGAUCUCUUUCAAUAUGCUCUGCUGGAGCCAGCCCUGAAGACAACGGGCAGUGUUUGAUAAUGUGGCUGUUAAAUCUUAGGAACACACGUGUGUAUAUUUGCUGAACUAUUGAAAUAAUUGUGAAAUCUUGGUUUUGGGAGAAAAAAAAUAAUACCCAUUGGGUCCAUAUUGACAUAAUAGUUGAAAUGGUUGAAAAUGUCAAUUAAUGGAGAAGAGACAGAUUUUUUCCACUGAGAAUUAAUUACCCACUAAUGAAGACAUCUACCUCUAAGAAGUAAAAAUCAAUUUCUUUCCCUCCACACCUCAGUACAGGCUGCAUUUCCUAACCUCCGCCCUAAGAGUGGGAAGAGGGGACAGGUGGGCAAGCCUGGCAAACAUCACCUCUAAGCCAUGCUGGCAAGCAUGUGCCAGCCUACACCCUUGCCAUGACACAACACAAAUGGCAACCAUCUUUGUAGCCUCCUUCUCAAACCUUAAACCCUAGCUUAGCCACAAAACAAUGCACCACCAAAAUCCAAAAGAGACAAAUUCAAAUGGAGAGACUUUCUGACCAGCGGUCUAUGUGCAGGCCAUUAAAAACAAGUCCUUGGGGCUGGAGAGAUGGCUGGAGCACAUGGUGGCUCACAACCAUCUGCAAUGAGAUCUGAUGCCCACUUCUGGUGUGUCUGAAGACAGCUACAGUAUAUUCACAUGUAUAAACUAAAUAAAUAAUUCUUUGAAAAAAAAAAAACCCAAGUCCUUAAUACCAAAAAACACCACAAUAAUAGAGGACAGUGACAGUGGGAAAAUUGCGUGGCAGAUGUACGGAAAUCCUUUGUAAUGUCUUCACAACUUUUUAGUAAAUCUAAAAUUACUCUAACCAAAAAGUUUACCAUGAGAUUAAAUAUAAAAAUAAGAUUAGAUCUAUGCUAUUUAUAAAGGACAACUAAAACUGUAAUUUAAUAAGAGAAAUGAAAUGAAUGUUGUAUGUGUGCAUGUAUUUAAGAAUCUAAGGCAGAAGAAAGUUGAUGAAGCAAUCUCAACAUUAGACAAAAAUAGCAUGAGGCAAAAAGGCAUAAAAAGGGAUUAAGAAGGAAUUACUGGUAAAAGAACAAUUCUCCAAACCAGCAGAGAAAUCAUGAAAAUUUCCGACACUAAGAGCAUUGCUUUAAUUUUCUUAAACGUUAAAGUGUUUAGAAUUAAAGAAAAACUAGAAAAAUGUGUAUUGUUUAUCAUUUUCAACUCACAUUGCUACAAGGCAGAAGAAAAGGGAUGUGUAAUAUUGAAGAAUAGUCUUCAAAAUAGACAAUUCACAAAUAAUCACAUUAUGAUAACUCAAAACUGGCUUCAAUGAAUUUCAGAAAAGGGAAUGUCACCAGAGAUGCUCAGCUUCUAUGGAAAUGCUUAAACUUGUAAAAACUCAAGUAAUACAUUAACAAAAAAAAAAAAAAGUCAUAACAGAAAGUUCCAAAUAUUUAGAUCUGGACAAGAAUGGAAGUACCACAAAGUGAUAAUGUAAGACGGAGUUCAGAUGGCUUUAAAGGGACACAUAUGGCUAUAAAUGAGCAUAUCAAAACUAAAGUGUUAAUAAAAUAUUCACCCAGCUUAAAAAUUUAGUUGAAGAAACAUAGAAUGAACUCAGAAAAAGUUUAAGAGAGAUAAAAGUUUAAUAAAGAAAAAAUAUAUGCUAACAAAAACAAAGUUAAAUACCACAUAGAGCUUACCAAGUAUUAAAACUGCUGUUUUGGGCUAUCAAACAAAGUUAGUGCUCAGUGCUGGGUGUGUGGGAGAUUAAAAUACAAGGAAAUUGCAAUUUGCAUGAGUUCAUUAUUUUCUGGGUUGUGCUAGAAGAUGGAUGAAAGUCAGCAGCAGCAACUGACCCUACAUUAUACUACACAUGUAAUGUCAAAUAGGGUGUUAUCUUUUAAUUUAGGCUUAAUCUAACAUUUCAUAGUUUAUUUUGUUGCCCAGAUGUCUCUGGUUUCAGCCACUGUAAACUCAGGUUUGUUCUUGUCUCUUUAACAUACUUCCAUACUUUUAGUUUGAUUUGUUGCUUUUUCUUUUCUGGCAUUACAAGAUGUUUUCAGCUCACCUAGGUCUAGAAUUAGUAAUCUCCCAAGAAGCCCUGAUUCCUUUUAUUGGCAAAUGAUAUUAGACACCAAAAUCACAAUAGUGUGUACUCAUUGCUACUGAGGUACCACUAAUUCUAGAUGUGCUCUUUAAACAGAGUUAGGAAACCCACAUAAAUAUAUUAACCUAUUUAUAUGCACACAUAAUUUUUCUAUAUCAGUCUGCAUCUGUGUUAAGCUAGCAGGAGACCAUACUGAUUUGAUUCUGGUGCAGUACUGUAUAGCCCAUUCUAUUUUACUUUCUUAUCUGUAGCCUCUCACUUAAGGAGCAAGAAAUCUAGGGUUUAUUAAUUUUAGAUAACAGUUAGUUUCAGUAUGAUGCUUUCAUAUGUAUAUAUGGAAUCAAUAUAGAUGUAGACAUAGACCAUACUCACCUCUAUUACAGACCGAGGUCUUUCUGGCCAACCCUGCAAUUCCUACAGUCUGGUCCUUGCACUUAGAGAAACAGGCUUUCUUUCUCACAGUAGAAGUACAUAGAGGUAGGCAUGCUGUGUAUAUAUCUAGGCUGCUAGAGCCUCUGUCCAAACCUUCUGAGCAUUCAUAAUUGUCAGCAUCUGACUUUAUUUUCAUUUAGCACUUGGGCCUCAAUCAGAAAACAGCCAGCAGAAUGAUAGCUCUUGACUUCAAGAAAGGUUAAAUUGUAUUGCACAUACUUAACACAUGGCCUUCAGGAAUGGAGCUGAACGUUUAGAAUAUCAGUCUUUAUCACGUGUUGUCUGAGGACAGCCAGUAAACCUGGAGUACCAAAUUUAAUUUGGAAAGAGAUAUUAGUUCUGUAUGUUUUUCACAGUAAAUUCAAAGAGUACUUUGAAAAUGACUUGAGCAAACCAGGGGCCAUUUUUGAAAAGCAACUGAUACUAGUUUUUAGAAAAUUGUUAGCUAGGUUGUCUCAGCUACUUGGGAAGGAUCUGGAAUCAAGACCGUGCAUCAUACAGAGUACAUGUACCCUGACAGUUUAAAUGUAGCAAGGCACAGCGAGGUGGGGAAAUACAGAUGUUUUCUCAGUGGUCUCUCCAUACACCAAAGAUUUUCUGGUUAUGAAAAAGACAGACCCAGAGGAGGGCUGUUGUGUUCCCUACAGGCACAACUUUAACCCUGCUGUAGGUGUUGGCUCUCAGCUACACCAGCGCUGAGCAGCUUCACGGCCGUGUGCUCUAGAGUUGAGUUGUGAACACCGACACAGAUCUCACAAGAUUCUCUUGCAAGAUGAUUUGCUUGCUUAUGCCUUGUUUUCUUCCUCUUCCUGGAGCCUUUGCUGAGACAGACUCUCAGUCUGCUUCCUUCACUAUCACCCCUGUCAGCAGUUCUGUAACAGGAUUAAAGGGAUACCACAGUUUCCAAAAAUAGAGGUUCAAGAGGCUUACUGCCCAGCCCAGGGAAAUCAAAAUAUUCAGUUUUAUAUUACUUGGGAUACAGGUUUUCAGUGACCCACUUUGAAACUUUGUGUGUAGAAAUUGAAAAUGGUUACAAAAUCACUUUUGUAUAAACUUCAGUUGGAGUUCAUUGGAACUUUAUCUGAACAGUUUUUUAGAAAGAAUUUCACAAAAAGGUAGAUUAUCUCUUGUCUUCUAAUAACUGGAGGGAUAAAGAACAAAUCAGGCAGGGACUCUAAGUGUUUUUACCAUUUUAAAAGAGGAAAUGUCAUGUUUUAUUGUGACUACUUUGUUCCUACUUGGUUGUAGUUUGAGAUUUAGCCCUGGGUGUUUUGUUGUUGUGGUUCUGUUUGUAAUGCUCCAUCGGCAUUGUGAACAGAGAACUGUGAGAUGCAAAGAGGAUUGAGUCUGAGGGUUGGGUCUGCGUAGUCCUGGACUUGGUAUUAUCUUCCCCUAUUUUCUAGAUGUUUGACACAGGCAGGCCAUGUAAACUUUGCACAAUAGCCUAUCCUUUGAUAUAUAAAGGUACCAUAAUUUGCACUGUUGAUAUGAAAAGAGAUGUUAUGGUGUGGGAGAGCUGGUUCAGUGGUUAAGAGCACUGGCUGCUCUUGCAGAGGCCCUGAGUCUGGUUCUAGAACCCAUGUCAUGCAGCUCAUAACUGCCUGUAACUCCAGCCCUUUCCUGAUCUCUGUGAGCACCCACUUAUACAUGGCAUACACUCAGACAGACGUGUGUACAUACAGAAUAAAUAAAUAAACAAAUAUUCUAGUUAAAAAGUAGAGCUACUAUAUAUGCAAGUUUCAAAUGCAGUGGUGGCUGGCAACUGUCUUUCAUAAUAAUGAUGAAGAUAAUGUGAAGUUUAAAAUGCCAUUAUAAAAAAUUAUUUGUUACAAAAUAAAAUUUAAAAUAAAUACAUGGAUAAAUAAAAUCACUACUCAGACAAAUAUAAAAUGAAUAUGUACAAAGUUGUAUUUAAUUCAUUAGUUAAUAAAGGAACCAGAAAACUUUUUAUGGUCAGUCCAAUGAACACUUGAAAACUCGGGCAUCUGCAGGCAAUGAAACGUAAAUGCUAGGAUAGGAUUUCUGAAUUCGAUGUAAAACAAUUUAAUAUUCAACAGAUUACAACAUUUAUUUUGUUUCUCUGGGCAGAAAUUAUGGCCAUCUCUAUUUCACAGCAGCCUUCAAGUUUGUAAGUAACUUAAUAGUCUAGAACUUUUAAUCAGUACUGGCAAUAAGAUGUUGUGAAUGCAUUUCUCUACUACAACAAGGCUACAGUCUGUAAUGGUCAAGUCAAAUCAGGUCCUCAUUGUGUUUUGAAUAAAGUUUUAUUGAAGACUGUG